UGAGCUACCUGAAAAGCGUUGGGACAGUCAGCAAACCCUACAGACUAGUUACGAGGCCGUCGACACUCCCAGUGGCAAGGAGGACCCAUCCAUCCCUGGCAAAGACCAUGGUGACAUCCCCACCUUUGACGAGUGGAAGAAGAAGAUGAUGGAGAAGGAGAAAAGCCAGUCUGCCCACUCAUCAUCCUCCAAUGGCAGCCCUGUCGUCAUGAAGAAGGUGCAGAACUUUAAUAACUAUGCAUCGGUGGAAUGUGGAGCCAAAGUCCUGGCAGCGAACACUGAGGCCAAGGUACCAUUGCUGACCUUCAGGAACCGUCUUAAGAUUAUAGUGCGUAUGACUAUGACUGUUUGUGUCUGCCAUGCGAUGGACUGG